CACAGCUGCUCCUCAUCGGACUUGUCAUCCAGUCCCUUCACCAACCUCGUUGCCCUUCUUUGGACAUGCUCCAGCACCUCAAUAUCCUUCCUAAAUUGUUCUGAAGCCAAAAAUGCCAGCGAAAGCCUGGUGCUGGCUGCAUGUCAAGCCAUUGGCAAGGCUCAUGGAAAUGCACAAGGGGAAGGGCUGAAGGAGGCUGCUGCCCUUGAGACUGUUUAGUUUUAGAAAGGAACCUGACUUUUCUAGACCAGACUACUGAGUUGUCAUCUCAGAAGUGGUGUUACAACACCUUUGGUCAAAUAACCUCACCGGAUGUAUUAAGUGGUACAAACUGAAGUUUACUGGCUCUAGGUCACCUGUCAAACAUGGGAGAAAAUCCCCUCCCUACGUCUUGGAUCUCUACAAAAAGUACUCUCAGGAUUAUCUGGAAAUAAACACUCUACUACUAAGAGUACUAGUAGUAGUGCUAGUACUUAGUACUACUAAGUAUAAUGUCGAUUUGGGGAACAAUGUAAAAGGCACAAUUUAUUUAAGUUUUCACUUUGUUUAAUGAAUUAUGCUGAAUUCAAAAAGCAGUGAAUUCAGAGGUAACUUAGAAAAAUGCAUAUUCUCAGAUCAUCUUGGGUUUUUUUCUAAUGAUAAAAUUUACUUACAUUUCUCCAUACAAAGAAUAAUACAAGAAAUGUGAGGUGCAGGAAAACUGGUAUACUUUCUAGAAGUAUAAUACUUAAAUACACAGCUAUCACAAAAUACAACUGCUUAUUAGGGCCUUAUUCACAUUGCUUAACCUUAUAGAAACAACCCUACUUGUGUCCUUUCAGCACUUAGAGAGCCAGUCAGAAAAAGGACACUGAAACUUUAAAAAUUCUCUUUUGGGCUACAUGUGGAAUUUCCUUUAUGCCGUCUGAACAUGGUCAUCCAACCCAGGAAAAUGUGGUUGCUAAAUUUUCAUUUAAAGUUCACCGUCAGAUACGUCUCAAACUGAAGGGCAACCAUCAUCUUUUUUCAAUAUGUCAAUAAAUUCCUCGGUGGAAAGGUGAUGAAAGGAAAGGCAAGGAGUCUACUGAGGUGGAACACCACUCAUUGAGCAAUGGAAGAGCUGAUGCUCGUUACAAUCAGCUCAGUGUAACUUAUCAGGCCCUCAAUGACAAACAUUAAAACAAGUGAUUUCCUGAGAACCUGCAGCCUUUGCCACCCCCCUUUUUGGAGGAAUUCUUAGGCUGUUGUCAUCAAAUGGGGUCACAUCCUGGCUAAAUCCAGAAGAGCGGGUUGAUGGAGCAGAGGGGGAUGAGAACGGAAUUGGCAAGAAGGGUAGAAAGGACUGUGCCUGUUAGAAACUCUGCUUUGCUCUCUCUGAAGAAGGUUGAAUCCAAAAUCCCUGUGACAAAGGUGAGAAGAUGCUAAAGACAUGGUAUUUUGUCCUGCUCUGUUGGCUGUCCUUGCAGCUUGAAGCUAAUCCUGGUCUUAAAGUGAGGAUUACUCAGAAGGGGCUGGACUAUGGUAUGAGACAAUCUGAGGUAAAGCUAAUGACCAAGAAUUUUCCAAGCUAUCCACAUUGCAGGAGGAUUGGGAUGGAGCUCGUGAAGCAAGCAGUAUUGAAAGAGACCUUCCCAAGCUGGAGCGGGCAGGAAAGUUUGUCAGUUGUUAAGGUCAACUAUGUAAUUUCUAGGCUUAGAAUUAAUGCUGUAGAUUUCCCAGAAACUUCUGCUUCUUUUAUUCCUGGCACUGGCAUUUGUCUGUCAGUGGCACGGGCUUCUGCUACAAUCAGUGCAGACUGGAGAAUGAACGCAUGGCUGCUCAAAGGCAAAGGAGAAAUUACUGUGUCCAUCUCAGGACUGUUUAUUUCCAUUAUCUUCAAUGUGUCACGGGAUAGCACAGGCCACUUGUCUACGUUGCUACACAAUUGCCAGCUGAGCAUUGGCAGUGUAAAAGUCAAGUUAAGUGGAAGAUCUAGCUGGAUCUACAGCUUUCUGUCUGGUUAUCUUGAGAAGCCCAUUCACACCAAAUUGGAUAAAAAUCUAUGCCUAAAUAUCAAAUACAAAAUCCAAAUGAUGGAUGCACAGCUUAAAAAGCAUAAGGUCUUAAGCCAGAUUGACACCUUUGCACAAGUAGACUAUUCCCUACUUAGUUCUCCAGCAGUCUUCAAAUCACACAUUAACUUGGAUUUGAAGGGCACAGUCUAUCCAGUAGGUAAUCACACAGACCCUCCCUUUAUGCCAGCUCCAUUUGCUCUCCCAAACCAGGGUGAUUCCAUGAUAUACCUGGGAGUCUCCAAUUAUUUUCUAAAGUCUGCUUCACUGGCUUACUACAGAGCAGGGGCCUUUAACAUCACCAUCUCCGAAGAGCUUGCUACUACUUUUAGCUUAAAUACCUCCCUACUGAAAUAUUUUGUCUCUGAGACGUCUCUGAGUCAGGCAGCAGCGUGCCCAGUGCUGCUGAAUCUGAUGGCCACUUUACCUCCUGCAGUCAGUUUAAAUGCAGACAGAUGUGUCCUACAGAUCACUGGUUCUGUAGAAGUGUUUGCUGCUCUGCCAAAUUCAACCACCCAGUACAUCUUUACAGGGAAUCUGACAGCCAGUACCACAGCCAAUUUGACAAUAACCAAACAGAAGUUGAUUAUCUCAUUACUUCUGAAGAGGUUCCAGUUCUCCCUACUGCACUCCAAUCUUGGCUUCCCUGAGCAGAAGUCAGUGGUGGAGAAUUUUCUGUCGUAUGCUUUACGGAGAGUAGUAAUCCCAGUAAUCAAUGAUAAACUAGGAAAAGGAUUUCCUCUUCUUAACUUGGCCCACACUAGCCUGACUGGACCUGCAAUAAAAAUGAAUCAGGGUCAUCUGGUUAUUUCCACUGAUGUUCACUACCAACCAGUGGACAGGGAAGAUGAGGACCUCCACAGCCACUCCUGAUGUCUUUUUACUUCUAAAGAAUAAUAAGAGAAAAAUACGGGGUUGUGGUGGCAGAUGAUUCUCCCUGCAUUGUCCUCAGUCCUGUGGUCUGGUACAGUAAGAGUCUUCUCUUCAGUCUUCAGAGGAGAGGUACGAAAAUAAAUGUGUUGUGAUUACUCUUUGUUGAGGAGGGGCUUUGUUGGGCAGAGAUAGAUGUAGCUAAGUCUGGUUAAAUGUUGAGAUUUUAUGAUUUGAGAACUAUGCCUAUGUUAAAUACACAUUUCCUUCCAGUACUUUGUUUUUGUUCUAUACAUGGACUGUGUUUCUUUCACCUUUGGAUUCCACACAUGAAGUGUGUUUCUUUCAUCUCUCAAUAAAAGUCAGUUAAAAUUAAAAAGGAAAUACUAUCAUACUAAAAGGCAAAGGUGUUCUGUGGGGUUGCUUGAACUCAUAAAAAUUUAAGUCAAUGUUAUAAUUUUGCAGUUUGCUUAAAUUGUUAUCAUAACUGAAAAUAUUUUAGAGUUUUGAGGUGUAUUAUUACUUCUGGUAAUGAAACAGCAAAUAGGCAAAACCAAACAUCUGGACCACAGAGUUUGCACAGAGAGUUUCUGGAUAAAACUUAACGUAUUUAUUAACUUGUGGUCUAGGGAAUAUGAAAACAUUGUCUGCUGGCACCAAAUCAUUUUCUUUUGUUGACUAUCGGGAGGGAACAUAAGGCACUUCUCAAAAUUGUGACUAAGAUCUUAAUAAGUAGCUCCAAAAGUGGGGGUAUCUGUGCCUGUAAUUAAGUGAGCUGAUCAGGUUUUCCAAAGUGCUAAGAUGCAGUGAUGUCUGCUGAAUCACCAAGAGGCACUGAGAGCAUUACAUAUUUUGUGAAAAAAUAGGCUACUUAUUUCACUAGCUAGAGGUGGGAGGGGAAAUGACAGCCUAAAAAUUCAAU